GUGGACUGCAAACUAUUGCGGCUCAACAAGUGGCUUGUGGAUAUGGUUCACCUAGUUAGAGAGACAAACAGCAGUGAUUGAGAAGCUUUUCGCGCUCUUUGUACUUUAUUUUGUCUAAAAAACUUGCUAUAAAUGCUUUGAUCCGUUUUCUCAUUGCUGAUUUUUAGCGUUUCAUUUGGCCAGACAAUCCCGGCUGUAAAGAGACUUCACCUGCGCCGGAUUUGUUUGACCUGAUUAGGUUCGCUUGGACACUUUUAAUUGGCUGCUUUACGCAUUGAGCUGUUGAAACUCAAAGUGUGUUGUGGCAUGAUGUAUAGCAUGAUGGAGCAUGAACUGAAGACCGCGGGUCAACCUCACCCCCACCAGAGCAGUCCAGGGAUGUCUCCUCCGGUCAGCGUGCUUGGAAAUGCGCACCACGGAUCAAAAACGUCUUGUCCACCCGGCGGGGACCCUAUGGACAAAGUGAAGCGCCCCAUGAAUGCGUUUAUGGUGUGGUCUCGGGGUCAGCGGAGGAAGAUGGCACAGGAGAACCCCAAAAUGCACAACUCAGAGAUAAGCAAACGCCUCGGAGCGGAAUGGAAACUUUUGACGGACGCGGAGAAGCGGCCGUUCAUCGAUGAGGCCAAACGGUUGCGGGCAGUACACAUGAAGGAAUACCCCGAUUACAAAUACAAACCUCGGCGUAAGACCAAAGCUCUCAUGAAGAAGGACAAUCCCGUCGGUAAAUAUCCUCUCGCACACGGCAACCUUUUGGCAUCGGCCGUGGCACAGGGACAAGGUGGCAGCCCGAGAAUGGACGGCUAUGGCUGGGGUCACACCGGUGGUUAUAUGGGCAUGCAGGGCGAGGCACUCGGAUACCCGCAGCAGCUGCACCGCUACGACCUGUCAGCUCUCCAGUACCCGCCGGCACAGACGUACAUGAACAGCGCCAGCUCUUACAGCCAAAUGUCAUAUAGCGGUAGCCCUCAGCAGCCCAGUCCAGUGAUGUCUAUGGUUAAACCAGAACCCCUCUCCCAUUCACCAACUGGAGUACCAAACCACCACCGUAGCGCUUUCCAAGGGGACCUGAGGGACAUGAUUAGCAUGUACAUUCCAGGUGGUGAUGCCAGCGAUAGCUCUAACCAGAGGGCCUAUCCUGGUGUCCAACAGCACUAUCUAGGUGGAACUGUUCCUCUCACUCAUAUCUGAAGUUUGGGGAAAUGCUCCCUGAACUCUUAUUAGUUGGACCCUUAUUGGGACCAUAGUGCUACAAAUAGACUGUAUGGAUUACUGAACACUUCUGAUUGUUUACUACCUCCUUGCUAUGAAUGAUCUGAAGUUGUCUGUUGAAAUUGUCUAACUUGGCUGUUUCAAUCCCCCAUUUUCUUCCCGUCUUCGCAGCUGUGACCGGGCACCUUAAACCCAUGACGUUAAGGGACAAUUAAUUCAGCUUUGUUUUCUUUUUUUUUUCUUCUCAAUUCCAGAUAUUUUAGCACAGGCAUCCUCUUUGUUCUUGAAUGGAUAAUAGUUGUUCUUUUUUAACAGUAUUCUUUUGUGCUCUGUGCAAUGUUCAGAACAUGCGUUGUUCAUGCAGCAGUGGGCAAUCAGGCUUUAAAAUCUAAUUGGGGCACAAAACAGGGAAGCAAAUUUGAAUCUCCGAAAACAGGUCAGCCAAUAAUGAUUGCAAUGGCUAGUGAUAGACAUAACAUGUGACCUAAGCAGUGUAAAUUAGUUUGUUUUGUGAACCCUGUUUUCCACUUGUAUGCCCGAACUGGCUCAGCACAUGGAGUAACUGAGUGAUUGGUCAAGUUGACCUUUAAGUGUCUUUAAAUUUGGGUAUUAAUAUAGUAAAGUGUUUUGGACAAUCUCAGGGCUUUCUUCAAAUAAAUAGCAUAACAUUGACAGUAUAGGUCAGCUGUGACAAUGCAAUAUCUUAUUCUACAUCUUUGAAACUGUUAUCCAAUUUGUAAUGGAGAGGAGGAAAAAGUAAUUCGGUCCCUAUCUGCUUUGUUUUCCUACUUUAAUAAUAGCCGAAAAUACAUAUGUACCAUACCAGUGUGCACAUACGUCUGUGAACUAACUUUUUGUUUGUAGUCUCUACAAUGAAAUUGCACUCCUGUAAAAGGUCCAUUUUUAGCCAUAUUUACAGAUUGCUAAAUGUUGAGUUUGUCUUGCCUAGCGUUCCAGCAUUUCCCUCUUAUGGGUCAAACUCGAAUGCACUGAUCUUCACUGUCAGUCGAUGCACUUCGUUAGACUAGAAGGUUAUCUACCUCAUCUGGUCUUUCUAAUUCUACCACAGCAUUAAGUCUGCUUCUGCCAUUACAGUAUGGUUGACCAGUGAGUUCAGUGGACUUGACUGAAAUUUUCUUUUGGGCACUGUUUUGUUUUUGUUUCUACAGUGACCUUGGUCCUUUGACAACAAAAUGCAAAGUUAUGUCAAGGUCUCUGUUUGUUUUGAGCUCAAAAAGUGUGUGUAGGUGACAUUUUGUGGCAGUCAGAAAUAUAAGUUUGUCAGUCUGGCUCAUUGCUGCCACAAAGCUGGUCAGUUAGUUACUAAUAUUUUGGUUAAAUGGUGAUUUAAGCACAAUGGGGGGGGGGGGAAGAGUUUACAUUGCCAUUGAAGUGAGUCUGCAGCUUGCUGUUUAAUUUUUUUUUUUUUUUUUUUUUUUUUUUAAUGGUUUUAAUUUAGGUUGGAAAUACCUUUUUUGUACAGUGUAUAUUUCUUGGUUUUUGUGGUUCUUAUAAGGGCCGUUUUUACAAAAUAAAAAAAUUGAAAUGCA